GGCUUGAGCUCUAUGGCUGUUGCAUGGGAAUGACUUCUUGUGGAAAUCUGUGUUUUUUGUUGGCUUAUCAUUUUGUGUUUUUGCUUAUUUCAUUGAGUUUUAUUUGUAGUAUAAUUCUUUUACUUGUGGAAAGUCAGGUUUCACCCUGGAAAGAUUUUGACCUGUACUUUAGAAGCUGAAAAAGUCUCAGGCACUUUUUGCUCUCUCUUGGGGAUUAAGGUCUUCUCCCCUUCCCAACCUUACCAAUUGCCCAGCGCCCCCUCCAAAAAAAAGAAGAAAGAAAGAAAGAAAGAGAGAAAGAGAGAAAGAAAGGAAAAUAAAAGAAAAAGAAAAGAAAAGAAAAGAAAAAAGAAAAUUUCAACAAUCUAAGAUAUGGUUACUUUUAGUGGCUAGUGAUACUAAAUUUUUCCUCUGUGGUCUAUUGCUGAUAGAUUUCAGUUCACAGAGAUACUACAGAGCUUUCCCUAGAUUAUAGGCAGGAUAUCAAAUCUCCUACCUUAAAAUCAAAACCCCACAUUAAAAAGUACAAAACAGAAAGUGUACUUUUUUUUUUAAUUGGCAAAGGUUGGAAGACUUGUUCUGUUUCCUACUCUUGUAGUUUAUUUUACCAAAGUAAAUAACAUCACAUGUGCACAGAUGUGCACAGUGUACCAAGCUAUUUUUGAUAAUGUGAAUCAGUGUCUUCUAAAGAGAGAGGAUAGGAAUGCUUUUCUAAAUAAACUUCUUCUUUUCAGAUGACAGACAUCUGCACCUUUGGCAGGCAGCCCCAACAGCAGAAGGGUGGUGACGUUGACUAGGAAUUUCUCUUUGAGUGAAGCUUUGACUACGCUCUAACCAAUGAGGCGAGCUCAGAGUCGAUAGCAUCCCUGUCUAAACAGGAGAUCAUGAGUAGCUUCCUGCCGGAAGGAGGGCGCUAUGAGCUACUCUCUGUCAUAGGCAAAGGAUUUGAGGACCUGAUGACAGUGAAUCUAGCAAGGUACAGACCGACAGGAGAGUACGUGACGGUACGAAGGAUUAACCUGGAAGCUUGUUCCAAUGAGAUGGUGACGUUCUUACAGGGGGAGCUUCAUGUCUCUAAACUCUUCAGCCAUCCCAAUAUCCUGCCAUAUCGAGCCACCUUUAUUGCAGACAAUGAGCUGUGGGUUGUCACAUCAUUCAUGGCGUAUGGUUCUGCAAAGGAUCUCAUCUGCACACACUUCAUGGACGGCAUGAAUGAACUGGCGAUUGCUUACAUCCUGCAGGGGGUGCUCAAGGCCCUGGACUACAUCCACCACAUGGGAUACGUACACAGGAGCGGCCAAGCCAGCCACAUUCUGAUUUCCUCGGAGGGAAAGGUCUACCUGUCUGGUUUACGCAGCAACCUCAGCAUGAUCAGCCAUGGGCAGCGGCAGCGUGUGGUCCAUGACUUUCCCAAGUACAGUGUCAAGGUUCUGCCUUGGCUCAGCCCAGAGGUCCUCCAGCAGAAUCUGCAGGGUUACGAUGCCAAGUCUGACAUCUACAGUGUGGGAAUCACAGCCUGUGAGCUGGCCAAUGGCCAUGUCCCCUUUAAGGAUAUGCCUGCCACCCAGAUGCUGCUGGAGAAGCUGAAUGGCACCGUGCCCUGCCUGCUGGACACCAGCACCAUCCCUGCCGAGGAGCUGACCAUGAGCACCUCACGCUCAGCAGCCAACUCUGGCCUGAGUGACAGCCUGGCCACCAGCACCCCCAGGACCUCCAAUGGCGACUCGCCCUCCCACCCCUAUCACCGCACCUUUUCCCCCCACUUCCAUCACUUUGUGGAGCAGUGCCUUCAGCGUAGCCCAGACGUAAGACCAAGUGCCAGUACCCUCCUGAACCACUCUUUCUUCAAGCAGAUCAAGCGGCGCGCCUCAGAGGCCUUGCCUGAGUUACUUCGGCCUGUCACCCCCAUCACCAGUUUUGAGGGCAGUCAGCCUCAGGAUCACAGCGGGAUCUUUGGCCUGGUAACAAACCUGGAAGAGCUGGAGGUGGACGACUGGGAGUUCUGAGCCUCCGAAGAAGGUGCACGUUCUCAGUCCUGGAACAUGUGAGCCUCAGAGGCCCUUUCUGAGGGCCGGCCACACUCCCACCCUCCCGGGUGCAGGUUGGGUAGAAAAGACAUUCUGCCAGAGAGUUGGCCAGCUUACUCACUGGGAAAGAAAUUCUUGGAGAGAAACCUUUUUACUGCUCCAGGACUUCUGAGACACCAGGGAAUCCCAGCAACCGGUGAUCAGAGGCCAGAAAUCUGACAUUCCAUCCUGGAGUUCAGGCAACCUCUUCAGAAGAAAGAGAUGCUGUUCUGGCCCUGGAAGGCUAAAGGCCAAGCCCAGGGUUUGACUCCUUGACCUGGGGACUGUGUGACUUCCUCUUCUCACUGUAGCUGUCCUACCAGCCUAUUGCAUUCUCUCCCUCUGCUCUCAGAUCUAGAGGUCCGUGGAGGGGUAAGCAAUAAGCCACCUGCCCCCCCUCUCCAGCCCCCAGACCUCUCCCUGGUAAUUGAAGGGAAGGGCAUUUUUUUUCUUGUUAAGCACCAGGUCAAGGCUGGGGCAGUCCAUCCUCACCCCUUUCAUCACUUGUGCCCCAACACCUAAAGCCUUCCCAUAGUUCAUCUGUGCAGCUCAUCCCUUUCACACCAUCUUACUGCCUCCUGCCAGCCUCCUUGAGGCUUUCUCCAAGGCCACAGUGUCUUGCCUAGCCUGAGGACUUAAGUCAUGCCACGUAGUUUUCAUUGCCAGAACAAAUUAAACAUUUCAGAGAACCCA